CAAACUGGAUUAUCUUAGGGAAAUACGCCAUGGGUCAGGUAGUUCUUAAGCAAGAUUUUACUUGGAUCCCUAGUAGGUUGUCAAAUCGCAAAUCGAAUCAAGAAUCGGAUUGACCUUUCUCUGAAUCGUGCAUCGAAUCGAAUCGUGAAUCGUAAUGUUUCCGUCCAAAUUUAAGAAGUACAUUGAAAAAUUAAUCUAUGCACCUACAUAAUAAAGAUACAAUGCGAAAUUGAAAAAUCUAAGCUUAAAUCGAUAUUUACGUUUGCUUUUUAUCUAUGCACCUACAUAAUAAAGAUACAAUGCGAAAUUGAAAAAUCUAAGCUUAAAUCAAUACUGACGUUUGCUUUCUAUUGUUAGUUGUUGAUCACGUGGUCGUGGUUCAUAAUAGGAAAGACACUUGCACGUAAUAGAAAUUACAAACUUAGCGUAAACACAAUAAAAACUUCGUAGGCUAAUAGGUAUGAAACUAGCUUAUAUGGAGCUUUGAUCCCUGCCCCGACCUAUAGAUUCGUAUUGUUUUUGCGUGAGUCUUGUACCAAAUCAGGAAUCAAAUCGUGAAGCGAAGCAUAUGCACUGAGGUUUUUUUUUUAUUGUACUUGUGUAUGUAACAAGGAAUGUUCCUAGUGGUUCUGGGGUACUAGGCAAUUGGUACUACACUAGGCAGCUGUUGGUAAUAGGCCGCAGUAACUGAAAGUCCACUUGGGUUUAAGAAUAAGUAGAUAUUUAUCAACCAAACAAAGCCUUGUACAAUCUUAAUUCUGUUUAGGGUCUGUUGUUAAGAUAUUAGAAAGUUGAAUACUGGAUGGGUGAAUAUUAUUUUUCUGGUCACUCAUAAGAAUAUGAAUAAUAGCUUGAUUAUGAAACUAUCGCGCAACUUCGUCAGAAUAUUUAACUGUGAUUACGUUUUAUAUAUUUGCAACUUGUGAUUACGUUUUAUAUAUUUGCGUCAACUGUGAUUACGUUGCCCCCAUACACGAAUAUGUAAUAAAAGAUUCUCCUGUAUAUUUUCGUCACCGUUGAGUUAUAAUCCUAGAGGCUAGAGCCCUUGAAGAAAUGUAAACAAGCAUUGAACCUUUCAAUUCUUCUCCCGCUUGACAACAUCUUCCUACCUCUAUAUAUACUUGACAAUCUAACCACCGCAAAACCAAAUUAAACACAACAUAGAGUUGUCCACAGCAACAAAAAAAUGCAAAGAGUUUGUUGGUCAGUGAAAGUUUCUUUCUUCUAGUUUUUCCUUCUUUCCUUUCUGAUUCCGCCUCUGAAAUGGGUAGAAAGAGGAAGGCUGGUGAAGGAGGAGUAGAGGAGAAAGGCUCCAAUGAAAGAAACUUAGCUCGGGAUGAGAUGGUGAAUGAAGCUGCAGAGGUGGCGGCCAUUGGGGGAGCCCGGCGAGCUCGGAAGAGAUUCGUGGGGGUCCGCCAGAGGCCGUCAGGGAGGUGGGUAGCGGAGAUAAAGGACACGAUACAGAAAAUUAGAGUUUGGUUAGGCACUUUUGACACGGCGGAAGAAGCGGCAAGGGCUUAUGACGAGGCUGCGUGCUUGCUCCGUGGCGCGAAUACUCGCACCAAUUUCUGGCCCUCGUCGUCCUCCCCUUCUUCAACCCCUGCUCUUCCAUCCAAAAUCACAAAUAUUCUUCUCCAGAGGCUUAAAGCUAGACAUAACUCUUUAGCUUCUGAUUCUUCUUCUAUGCCCAUUAACCAAAAACAGAACAAGGUAGAGGACUAUACGGAUGAAUUAAAUGGUUUUUCCGAUACCCAAAUCUCAGAUUUCCUUACUGAUCCCGAAGAAAAUUUGUCCCCCUAUCCUAAUGAAGUGUCUAGCGAGUCUUUUGAAAAAUACGAAUCUCGAGAUAGAAUAGUGCAAUUCGGGGUAAAUUGGGGUGUGGGGACACAGAAUCCUGUGCCCGGUAUUACCACAAGUAUCAGGUCAUUUUCAACUGAGCGAGAGAACUUUGAGGUGAGAGAAGAUGUUGAUUCAUGUUAUAAAUGUAGUGAGGUAACUGAGGAUUCCAGUAGUGAUGGAAAUAUUGGAGGGGAAAUGGAAGAAGAAGGGAGUGAUUUAGGGGCCUUCGAUUUCCACUUUGUGGAUGAAGUUGGAUCACCUAAUUACUAUUCUGCUUUUGCGAUUGCUGAAGAGAAUAUAGAGCCUAUGGAUCAGCAGGAAUUGAUCACUGGAGACGAGCCGGAGAUGGUUAGAGAAGCGAUGAAGAGGAUGAGGGAGAGGAAACUCUCAUCUUUUUUUUAUGCUUUGAAUGGGAUUAAUGAGUGUCUACUGUUGAAGCUCGGCCGGAAUGGGGUAAACAAGAAAGGCGAGGAGAAGAUAGAGGAAACCAAUUCUGGGGAAAGUUUGAAGGAAGAAAAACAGGAGGAAAAUGAAGGAGGGUUAACUGAUGUGGAGUCUAAUGCAGAGUGUGAAUUGUCACUCUGGAGCUCCCUAGACCUCCCUCCAAUUUGUUUUGUUAACUGAAAUGUUCGAGAGUUAUUAUUAUCUUUAAUUUAGUAAUUCCUUUUUGCACGGCCAAAGAGAAGUGAUUUUAUCUUUCAUCAUUUUCAAUGUUCAUGACUUUAUAGAAAUUCCCUUUUGGGGCUUAUUUUCAGUUAUCAUAAAUAAUUGCAACUUAUCUGAA